UCAAAAACCUUCCAAAGAAAAAUCGCCACCACAAAAAGAACGAAACGAUGUCGAAGAUGGUUAUGUUGCAGAGCUGCGAUGGUGAAUCUUUUCAGGUCGAAGAAGCAGUCGCGGUCCAGUCGCAGACGAUAGCACACAUGGUUGAAGACGAUUGCGUCGGUGAUGGAAUCCCUGUCUCAAACGUCACAGGAGCCAUCCUCUCGAAGGUGAUCGAGUAUUGCAAGAAACACGUUGUUGCUGAUUCAGCAACCGAAGAGAGCAUUGACGAACUCAAGAAGUGGGACGCAGAAUUCAUGAGGGCGAUGGAACAGUCGACUCUUUUUGAUGUUAUUUUGGCUGCGAAUUACCUAAACAUUAAAGACUUGCUUGAUCUUGGUUGCCAAACUGUUGCUGACAUGAUCACUGGUAAGAAUCCAGACGAGAUUCGUGCACUUUUUGGCAUCAGGAACGAUUUUACACCGGAGGAAGAAGAGGAGAUUCGUCAGCAGAAUCAAUGGGCUUUUGAAUGAUUCUUUAGUUUUUCUUUCCUCUUUAGUGUGUUUCUGAUCUCUUGAUCAAUGUCUUUUGUUCUUUAUUCUCUAGUUUGUUUUCUGUUUUCUUGAUCCAUGUGAGACUUCGUAAUCUUUCUCUUCCUUUGGAGGUUUUUAUAUGCUUGAGCAAUUUUU